GUCUUUGAUCCGAGGUUUUGGAAAGCGGAGGCAGCUGUUUCGUGAGGAGACUGUUCCCUCCUGCUCCUAGGAACAAACGCUAUAUUCAUCCACACCAGUUUGCAGCCGCAGAAACUCCCCCAAGGAACUUUUUAAUACUCGUGUUCACAGUGGAGCUGGCUACAAUUUUCUUUACACUAGUCGGACUUCAAGCAGCUUAAACCCUACCUACCUAUAGCUGCCUGCUCCAGCUCACCAAGAAUGAAGAGAAUCAUUUGGUGCGUUUUAAUGCUGCUUCUGCAUACGCGGGUCUCUGCGCAGUCUCAACCUCGGAGGCCUUCUUUCACAUGUGGUGGAAAUGUAACAGCGGAUUCGGGACUCAUUGGUAGCGAGGGAUACCCCGGGGUAUACCCACCAAAUACAAAAUGCGUUUGGAAAAUUACGGUCCCUGAAGGGAAGGUUGCUGUCCUGAGAUUCGGUUUCAUUGACCUGGAAAGUGACAGUCUGUGCCGCUACGACUAUGUGGAUGUGUACAGCGGGCACUCAAGCGGCCAUCGCCUUGGCAGAUUCUGUGGGACCUUCAGGCCGGGGGCCCUUGUUUCCAGCAGCAACAAAAUGUUGGUCCAGAUGGUCUCUGACGCCAACACAGCUGGCAGUGGCUUUAUUGCCAUGUAUUCCUCUGCUGAGCCUAACGAAAGAGGCGAUCAGUACUGUGGAGGUCACUUAUACAAACCUUCUGGGUCUUUUAAAACACCAAACUGGCCAGAUAAGGAUUACCCAGCAGGGGUUUCCUGUUCCUGGCACAUUGUGGCACCAAAAAACCAGAUUAUUGAAGUGAAGUUUGAAAAAUUCGAUGUGGAGAGAGACAACUACUGCCGCUACGACUAUGUUGCAGUUUUCAAUGGUGGAGAAAUCAACGAUGCCAGAAGAAUCGGGAAGUAUUGCGGAGACAGCCCUCCACCACCAAUUUUCUCAGAUGGAAACGAGCUGCUAAUCCAGUUCCUGUCAGAUUUGAGUUUAACAGCUGAUGGAUUCAUCGGCUACUACAAAUUCAGGCCCAAGAAAUAUCCCACAAUGACAGCACCUCCUGUCAUGACAACUACGCUGGCCACUACAAGAGCAACACCAUUAAAGUACUCUGUAGCACUCUGCCAGCAAAAAUGCAAAAGGAGUGGUACCCCUGAGAGCAAUUACUGUUCCAGCAGCUUUGUUAUCACAGGCACAGUCAUAACAGCAGUGACACGAGGGGGCAGCAUGUUCGCCACUGUGUCCAUCAUUAAUGUUUACAAAGAGGGGAACCUGGCGAUUCAGCAGGCUGGCAAGAACAUGAGCACCAAAAUUCACAUUCUGUGCAAGAAGUGUCCCUUCGUCAGACGGGGUUUGAAUUACCUCUUCAUGGGCCAAGCAGAUGAGGAAGGAUACGGUAAAAUUGCACCAAAUAAUUUUGUCGUGGCAUUCAAAGCUAAGAACCAGAGGCUUCUGAAUAACCUGAAGAACAAACGGUGUCCAGUGGUGUAACUGAGACUGCCCUGAAAACCUCUCUCACAGAGCUUUACCAUAACUCCUGCUGUGAGCUUGUCCCUAUGGUUUUAGCCACAUUCAAAGAACACGUUCACACAGCAAUCUAAAAAAGACAAAAGAAGCCCUGGGUCAUCUUCUUGUUCACACUGUAUGAAUUUUUUUUUCUGAAAGUAAAGCAGUUUCCCUAAUGAAUUUGUUUGUUUGGGGAAACCUGGAGUCCAGAUGCACUGCAUUGGAACAAGAAACAUAAGCUAUGCUUUCUUUCACUGCCAGGGCCUCUACCAGUGUGUUUCAGGCCUAUAAGUACUGUAUACAUACUGUAUGUAUUUUAUGAAGCAACUUUUAGAAGCUAUUCUCCCUCAGUCUCCCUGCAGGAUAUUUUAAAGAACACUGUGUGGGAAGUAUUCUAUGUGGUGAUGAAAAGUGCAAUAAUAUAAGAUAUUUCAAUGUUUUCUCUACAGGUGUAUUAUUCUUUAAAAAAAAAACAUCACGUCUGCCAUAUCUUGCUGAAUAAAAAAGCAAUUUUAUAGUUUCAGUCAGGGCAAAAAGCUUUUUGUUUUAUUAGGUACACAAAGACAUCAAGUCAUCUUUGGGGUGUGCAGCAAUAGGACCUAUUUUUAAGUUUUUGUAAUAAGACUAGUAGAAUGAAUUAAAUAUUUUCCUAUACAGAUAACUGUUAAAGCUUUUAUUUUUUUAUUUAAAAUAGCUGUUAUUGACAAUAACACUCACAAUGUUCAUUUUGACAAGAAGUGUUUUCUCUUUAUUGUCUUAAUCUUCACCUAUUGCAGUUUACUCCAUUACCUGAAUAUUAUAAUUAGAAUAUUUUUUUGUUUUAAAGACUUAGAAGUUUGUAAAUGUGUGUUGUCUGUGGAAAUAACAAAUGUCUGGUUGUUCAAAGCUGUAUAGGGAUGCCAACAUAUUUUAUUUACAACAGAGUGUCAGUGUUUAACCACAUGAAAUCAAUAACGUAGUUUUGAACACCUCUACAAUGUUUAAUUAAACUCCACACAAACUU